CGGUAUCCCUGCGCCGGCACCCGCGGCCCUACGUCCCCUCCACCACCCCUUCCCCGAUGCUCAGUCUUCUCCAGGCGCGGUCACUGCAUCGACAGAAAACCGAGAGCCAGGCAGGAAGGCGCGGCCGCCGGCAGGGAGUGACACCAUGUGAUGGGCACGGCGCGGCUCCACGCAGCUCUGGUUAAACUGCGGGCGCGCGAGAAGGGGAGGAGACCGCGCGCGGGACGACGAGGAGGAAUGGCCUGACUGUCCCGGUUCAAGCAUCACGAGCUAUGGAUGCGAAAAGGAGUCGCGUCGUCUAGUAGCUGAUGUGUCUGACUGGGGACCCUCGGCGUCCAAGCGUGUCCAUGUGAGGGAGAGGCGAGCCACAGCGAGCGGCGUGUGUGUGUGUCUGGGGGGGGGGGGGACUCGGGCCACCUCUCGCCAGCCAGACCUUGACACAAAGGACAUCAAAACUGCGCGGGGGGGCAUCCCGUAAGGGCGGACACUUUGGCGUCGCCUUUUGCCACCUUUCCCUUUCUUUCCCGAGGAGUGUACCUAUAUUUGAUUAUAUAUUUUUGCACAUAUACAUUUGUUGCUGUCUGCUUCUAAAUAUACCCAGAACAAGAGAAAGUUGGGCUAAUUUUGUGACUACAGAUAUCUUCUAAACAUGAUGCAUUUUAAAAGUGGCCUCGAAUUAACAGAGUUGCAGAACAUGACAGUGCCCGAAGAUGACAACAUCAGCAAUGAUUCCAAUGACUUCACCGAAGUAGAGAAUGGACAAAUAAAUAGCAAGUUUAUUUCUGAUCGUGAAAGUAGAAGAAGUCUCACAAACAGCCACUUGGAAAAAAAGAAGUGUGAUGAAUAUAUUCCAGGUACAACCUCCUUAGGAAUGUCCGUUUUUAACCUAAGCAAUGCCAUUAUGGGCAGUGGGAUUUUGGGACUCGCCUUUGCCCUGGCCAACACUGGAAUCCUUCUUUUUCUGAUAUUGUUGACUUCAGUGACAUUGCUGUCUAUAUACUCAAUAAACUUACUAUUGAUCUGUUCCAAGGAAACAGGCUGCAUGGUCUAUGAAAAGCUUGGAGAACAAGUCUUUGGCACCACAGGGAAGCUGGUGAUCUUCGGAGCUACCUCUCUACAGAACACUGGAGCAAUGCUUAGCUACCUCUUCAUAGUAAAAAAUGAACUUCCCUCUGCCAUAAAGUUUCUCAUGGGAAAAGAAGAGGAAUUUUCAACCUGGUAUGUGGAUGGCCGGGUCCUGGUGGUGCUGGUUACCUUCGGCAUCAUUCUUCCUCUUUGUCUCUUGAAGAACUUAGGGUAUCUUGGCUACACUAGUGGUUUUUCCUUAAGCUGUAUGGUAUUUUUCCUGAUAGUGGUUAUCUAUAAGAAGUUUCAAAUUUCCUGUAUUGGUUCAGAGCUAAAUUCAACAAUGAAUGCUAGUGUAACAGACAUGUGUACACCAAAAUAUGUGACCUUCAAUUCAAAGACCGUGUAUGCACUCCCAACCAUUGCAUUUGCUUUCGUCUGCCACCCCUCCGUGCUGCCCAUCUACAGCGAGCUCAAAGAUCGAUCACAGAAAAAAAUGCAGAUGGUUUCAAAUAUCUCCUUUUUCGCCAUGUUUGUUAUGUACUUCUUGACAGCCAUUUUUGGCUACUUGACAUUCUAUGAAAAUGUGCAGUCAGACCUCCUUCACAAGUACCAGAGCAAAGACGACAUUCUUAUCCUGACCGUGCGGCUGGCUGUCAUUGUGGCUGUCAUCCUCACAGUGCCUGUGUUAUUUUUCACAGUUCGGUCUUCUUUAUUUGAGCUGGCUAAGAAGACAAAAUUCAAUUUAUGCCGCCAUGUCUCAGUUACCUUUGUACUCUUGGUUAUUAUCAACUUGUUGGUGAUCUUCAUACCAUCCAUGAAGGAUAUUUUUGGAGUUGUAGGAGUGACAUCUGCUAACAUGCUCAUUUUCAUUCUUCCUUCAUCUUUGUAUUUAAAAAUCACAAACCAGGAUGGGGAUAAAGGCACUCAAAGAAUCUGGGCGGCCCUGUUCUUGGGUCUGGGGGUGCUGUUCUCCUUGGUCAGUAUCCCCUUGGUUAUCUACGACUGGGCCUGCUCAUCGGGCAGUGACGAAGGCCACUAAGACCAGCAAGAAAAGAGAAGCAUUCUGAUCGGGGCUCACCAAGUCACCACAACACACACAUCAGCAACCCCUCAUCACUUCUUUUGCAAGUUUACACAAGUGAACAAAUGUACAUGAUAGUUACAAUGGAAUAACACUUUGGUGUCGAAGCAGACCUAUUUCUAUAAUGGGUCAUGUCCCUCUAAGAUUUGGGAUCUCUUUAGGAAUUAUGGAUUUUUUUCCUCGAUUUCAUGCAAUCCACGUUUCCAGUACUUUCCACAAUCAGUUAUUUUUCACUGUCCGAACUGUUUCGUGGCUUUGAAAUCUCUUAGAACUUUGGAAACAUAUUCAUAAACCCUGCUUCUUUGUUAUACAUCUAUCUAUAUUAUAAAAUAAUUCGCCUACUGGUGUUCAGCUCUAUCUGUACCUUUUUAGAAGAGGAAAUAACUUUGAAUUGUAUAUAUUUAUUUUGCUUUACAGAAGAAAAAAUGGUUUCAUAAAUAAGUUGCCUAUUUUGGUUAACAUAGCACACAGGGAUAACCAUAAGAGAGACCUAGGGUUAGUGCCAUUGCUGGGUCUGAGCAUGCCCAAUAUUUGAGGCAACUCUGAUCACCUAGCAGCCACAUGUGGUCCUUCCAAGACCUGCUGGUACUAUACCCUGCUUCUACAUAGAGAUGUUUCCUGUGCAUGUCCUCAGCUGGGAAGGGCUGGGGAUGGCACUUUGGUAAACAUAUUAAAAUACACAUUUGGGUAAUCACACAAAUGAAGUUCUGUUUCCCCCUUCGCAUUUGAUGUCAAAGUUACUCAAGGCUGAACCAACUUCUGCUAGGGGGGCUCAUGGCACCUGCAGAUAAGAUUGUCCAGAAUGCCUAAGAAAACACUCCAUUGAUGCACAUAGUCUUCAACUUUAUGCCUGUAUUAUUGAAGGAGAUACAUGUGUUAUUAGUUUAUAAGCCCAGCAGCAUUUAGUCAUGUCCCCCAGCUUUUUGCCACAGAGAAUAAUGUGUACCUAAGUAAAGAUAACCUAAGAAAAAUCAUUCCUGUUUUAUAUUGUGUACCUUAGGGGAGUCUUUAGAGGACUUAUUUUAUAUCUUUAAAUCUAGGUUAUUACAAAGUAUAAGAUUUUUGUAUCUUAAAUAAGCCUCAUUUCUAUUUGUUCUCCAUUAGCUAUCCAUUCAGUCUUAAAAACAAACCCUCAGAGAUAGUCUUUGUGGAGAACCUCUUUUGAAAUCACUGUGUACCUUCCUACCCCCCAAAUGGGUAAGACAAGAGGGCCUCUGUACUGUUUCUUCCUCUCUCCUCACCACUCUCUGUCCCAUAUAGAAGGACAGAGAUGCUCAGGCUCUUUUCCUAGAUCUAGUACUAAAGAGAACAGAAAGUAACUAUAAGAAGACCCAAAAUGAAGAGCGCUUUGGACAGGAUAGCUAGGAAAGAACUGGUUAUCCCUGACGGAACCAGUGCAGCUCUCCCUAAACGGGCUGCUAUCUGUGACUGGACUAUAUCUCGCUUAUGUAUAGUAAGCGGUGUGCAUGCUCCAUGAGCCGCUCUCUGCAAACAGGGCUGUGGGAGCUAUAUGGACUCUGAGUGUAUUUUCAAACACAGAAAGGUACCAGUGCACUGAGCAGAUUUGUUUCUUGGGAUAGGUAGAAUCUGACUGCAGACUGUUUGGCAGAGUCCAGUACUUAGCUCUGAAUUCUGUUCCUUUCCACUCAGAUGCCUAGAAACCUUCACAAGUCCCAUGAGAGUCAUAUGGAGCUGUCCUUUUAGAGACUAGUGUCCUCCCACAGAUAAGGCGGGUUUCCCAAAGCACCUGCCAUCCUCUUCCAGGGGGAGAAGGAAAGGUUGCUUCUGGUAUUGCAUCAUCAUGGCUUUACAACAGUGCUUCAGGAUCACAUCCCCCUCGGGCUGGAGUUAGGCAAAGAGGUAAGCAUGACCUAGAUAGGAAAAGCCACAGUCAUCUCUGUCCUUUUUCAAAGUGGUUUAUAAGUUAUAGGAAAAUAGAGAAACUAAGCAAGACAAUAUUCAGCCAACCACUGGAGCUUGAAUAGAGAACCAAGUAAUGAAGUUAUCAUUACCUGGGACACAUUAAUCACAUCAAUGUGGAACAACUCUGUAGCAGAGUAUGUAUAAUAGUUUGCUCUUAUAAUGUUAUGCUCUUUCUCUCUUUCUCAUUAUUCUGUAGCAAGUCAUUUUACCUUCACAAAGUAACAGCAGAAAACUAUCAUUAACUCUGGAAUGUGUCAUGAUGUUGGAUUUCUAGAUUUUAUGUAUAGGUGCAAGAAAUAUUUUAUUUAAAAUAUAUUUAUUUAGAGGAAGCACAGUGUUACUGAGGUCUGUGAUAACAUGUUUGUAAGACCUCCUUCAUAUGUUGAUCUCAAUUUCUUGUUGUCAUAUGUCAGAUAUCACAAAUUAGGUUCUUGGUUUGUGUGAUAGUAGCUGUAAAGUGUACUCUGUUUUAAUUCCUUUCAAAAUAGGGAACUACUAGCCAAAACAUACUGAUUUCACAGAUUUUUAGGUAAAAUUUAAACAGCACAGUCAAAUGCAAUAGAUUUUUUUUUUUCUACUCAAUUAGUAGCCAGAAGAGUAGUAGCCCUUAGCCGCAGAAAGCAAAGCGUUCUUCUUUGGUCUCAGCACUGUUCUGCUGGAGCACCGGAAUGCUGCGCAUUCCUCACUUACUCAGUGUUACUUGCUAGGAACGGGGGUAACAAAACAUGCCUAGGAAAAUCUACUUUCUAGGCACAGGCCACCCUAACUUAUAGGGAAAUCAUAUUCCAAAACUUUGUCAAUUGGUUAUUUGCAUCCUAGAAUGUAUCUUCUUUUAGAGAUUGGGUUAUUGGAGGCUAGGUCCCCAGACCAGCUGGAAAAGUGAUCAGACUUGUUUUAGAUGAAAUGGAGUCAGGUAAUAGGACUGUAAGAACAAAGUCCCCACAUGGACAAUAGAGUCUGGGGACAAGUGGUCAGAGUUACCAGUAUGUCACCACCUGCUACUGGUGGCAUCUGGACUAUCGCUCUGUGUGCUGGCCAGAAAGCCUGGUAGUAGGAGGAGGGUGAAAGAGGAUGGGGUGGGGGGCUUCUGUGGGGUGUCAGCAUCCAGGGACAUUCCUCAGUCCGCACCUUUUGUUUCCUUUGAAGCCCUAGGUUUGGAUUGGCUGCUUCUGUUUCUAUGACCUUUAGCUCCCAGUGUUGACCUCCUUCCCUGCCACUUACAUAAAAAGACACUUCUUCUGCCAUGUUCCAGCAGGAAGGGUAUAGUACACAGCCCUUCUAGUGGCUUCAGUGCUGGUAAUCAUGAUUGAACCAUCCAGGAAUCCAAUGAAAGGCAGCCAACGAUCUCCACCUACCUAUAUUUAUAGAGUGUGUUGAGACACAGAAAAGCAUUCACAGGGCUGGGUUGCAGUGGGAAAAUUCUUCAGUAUUUCAGAGGACACCUAUGACAGCUACCCUAAGAAUGGACUUGAACCUCCAAGCCAGUGUGGCGCCCAGACCAGCACGCCUGUGAAGAUAUUAGAACGCAGAUUCUCAGGCUCUGUAGAUACUCUCGUGGCUGCAGAGAUCUGUUAACAGACCUCCAGGUGAUGUCAGUGGUAUCAAGUUGAAGAACCACUGUAAGCUCAUUAGUGUCUUUGUCCUGUGCAUUGGUCCUGCCUUAGAUGACAGGACUCAGGGAGAGGAGGCUUGGGCCCCAGCAGCAAGAACCUCUGUGAGGGUAGGAGAGGGAAGCAAUCUGUGGCCCCUUGAUGGAAAUAACCUAUAGGGGCAUGAACCUGCCCUUCAGGAAGACUUUGGUCUGAGGCAAGAUAUGUGAGUUGUUUUUUUUUUAACAGCUAUGAAGAGAUCAAGGGAAGCUUUUCUUCCCUUUAUUUUCUUUAUUAUUCCUGAGGUACAUGAAAGAAAAUGCAUUUUGUAAACGCAGUCUUACAGGAAAUGAGUUCUUGUCAGGAGUGAACUCUCUAGAGUGUUGUGUUCAUCAUGAGGGUAGUCUGAGUUUUCACCCAGUGGUAGAGUGCUUGCCUGGCACCAUAAAAUAAAUAAGUAAGUAAAUAAAACAAAUUUUCUCCUGAGCUGUCUAUACCACCAAAGGAGCCACACACUGUCCUGAGAUGAAAGUAGAGGAAAUCCUGCCCCAGCGGGGCACAGGGUGUGGUGGCACUUCUAGGUACAUGGGUGAUGUGAGCAGAUGCUUGAUUUUACAUCUCUCAGCAAAGCCCAUUGGUCCCCUCCAUUCAUCUGUUUAAAUGGCUGGAGGCCAAGAGAGGGCAGACUAAGAAUGUAUUUCCCCCAUUCAAGUAAACACCUGUCCACUUGGAAAAAGAAGAGUAUAUUACUUAGCAAUACUAGGAAGUGGUUUUCCUUAGGGACGGCAAACCUGAGAAUCCUUUAGCAACCUGCUUUCUCAAAAACAGAGUAAGUUGUUUAUAAUGAUAGAAAGCUUUGGGAUACAACGUGAGGGGUGGCUAACGACUGAAAAAUAUCACUAAAUCUAAAAGUGAAAGUUCUUGAAAAUAAUGCACAAUCUACAAGGUUAUAGAAGUCUCCCUUCCUUUGAGUUUCUCUGAGGAAGGGCAAUGACACUGGGCCUAUCUGUACACAGGUUAGAAGGUGUGUUUUCCGAGGAAGAAUCUAUGCAGCUGAGGCUUCCUGUAGGAACACUUCAUGUGUGUGUAAAUAUAUUGUACAUAAAUAGGAGGCUGUAUAUUUUUGCAGUUGUUGAUCCACACUGAAAUAGAAGUCACUAGUUUCUGCACAUAAGAAAUACAUGUUUUCAUGAGUAUUAGUGGUUCUGUUUGGGAACUAGAACAAUUUCACAUUCUCUUCCAUAGUUGUCUCAAUGUAAACUUCAAAUCUAAAACCUUAAUUAAUUGUUUAGAACAAAGGAAUGUCUGAGAAAUAGCCACAUUGACUUAGUAUGCUGGUAUUUAUGAUCAAUUAUUUCAAUGGUAGUUCUUUGAGCUAUAAGUAAGGAAGAUUUAGAACCAGACCAUUUUCAUAUAUAAACAGAUGUGCCCCAAGUGACAAAUGGUUUCUUUAUAAAAUCCUGUCAUAAUUAACACCAAUGCCACAACACUGUACUUGUGAAAGCAGAGGUAGGGAGAGAUUUUAUUUUUCCUCAGAAUUGAGUUGAUGCAUUUCCCCAAGCUUUGGGGUCUUUGGAGAGGAGGGGAUGAAUAUUACUAUGAGCACAAAUUGAAGGAAAAGAAAUCCUGUUAUUUUAUCAAGUUUUAAAAGUCUUGCAUGUUUGCUUUUUCUUUUAGUGUUGACGCCAACACAGACUGUUUUAUGUAAUUUUCCCCCCAAAACUUGAAUCUUAAUCAUUGAUAUGUAAUCCAGUCUCUAGAGUCCAGUGUAUGUAUCUUAGACUUCGCCUGAGUCCAGUACAUGUAGCACACCACUGUUUUAUUCAUGGAGAGACCUUGUAAAUGAAUUUCAGGUAGGCAUCUUAAGUGAGUCACAAGUCACAAAAUUUUGCCAUUUCAGUUAACCAAAUAGAGGUUGUUUUUUUUUUUUCUUUUUUCAGGAUGUGGUGUAAAUAAAGAAAUGUAAGAAGUUCUGUUCUAUAACUGCUCUGUUAACAUAGUUUUUAAACAUUAAAAUGUGAACUAAAAGUA